AUGUCCAUAUGUCAUGCCUUUGCCUGGGAGCCUUGGAGGGCUCAUUGGUCGGGAUGUUCUCAGCCAGUUCAGAGCAACAUUAACCUUUCCUGUCCAAUCACCUUUUCAGUAGUUGCCACUGCUGACAGGCCGCCAACCCCAAGGAUUCAAUGGAAAUCUAAUGAGCCAGUGUGGGUCGAGCAGCGGCCUCUCUCUCAGGAGCGGCUGGCAAUUGCACGUGAACUUGUCAAUGAGCAGCUGCAAGCAAAACACAUCCAACCAUCGCUCAGCCCAUGGAAUACUCUGAUCUUUGUCACUGCAAAGAAAUCUGGAAAGUGGUGAUUACUGCAUGAUUUGUGCAAAGUGAAUGACCAAAUGUGGGCAAUGGGAGCAUUACAACCAGGGAUGCCCUCUCCCACCAUGCUGCCACAAGAAUGGCAUCUUCUAGUUAUAGAUUUGAAAGACUGCUUCUUCACAAUACCCCUACAAAAAGAAGACACAGUGUGAUUUGCCUUAAUCUUACCAUCAAUUAAUAAAGAAAGUCCAUUGCAAAGAUUUGAGUGGGUGGUCCUUCCACAGGGGAUGAAAACUUCCCCAACAAUGUGCCAACUCUUUGUUCAUUGGGCACUGACACCUGUGUGUGCAAAACUUCCUCAGACGAUUAUUUAUCACUACACAGAUGAUACUUUGUUCUGUCAACGUGAUCCGUUCCAAGAUGAUGACCUUGCAUAUAUCACCGCUCAACUCGCUGCAAAAGGUUUGGUGAUUGCCCCAGAGAAGAUUCAAAAACAAGCUCCAUGGAAGUAUCUAGGGUGGAUUUUGACAUCUUCAUCAGUCCGCCCACAGAAAUUGGAAUUGGCUACUGAGAUCAACAUCCUCAAUGAUGCACAGAAACUUAUUGGAGAUCUGCAAUAG